CGUCGAUCAUAGUGCGUGGUUUGCCCCUUAUUUAGUCGAAUUUGUUACGUGCGUAAUACGUGCAUAAUUUUCGGGUUUGGCUAUCACCGGCAGCACAGAUGGUCUAAUCCAGGGUAUAAUAUCAUGGUGUCCACUCAGCAUAAUGUUAAUUUCAACCGUGAACAGAAGCUGUUUUCAUGCCUACUUUUAAUAUACCAGAGGUGUCUGUGUUUUGCCUAUGAGCUGGUUGGGUUCAUUUUAAUAUACCAGAGGUGUCUGUGUUUUGCCUAUGAGCUGGUUGGGUUCAUUUUAAUAUACCAGAGGUGUCUGUGUUUUGCCUAUGAGCUGGUUGGGUUCAUUUUAAUAUACCAGAGGUGUCUGUGUUUUGCCUAUGAGCUGGUUGGGUUCAUUUUAAUAUACCAGAGGUGUCUGUGUUUUGCCUAUGAGCUGGUUGGGUUAAUUUGUGGGACUAUGACAAUGGAAUACAAGCAGCAGCACCAAUUUUAAAAUAUUAAUAUUGAUCAAUGUCCUCUUAGGACACUAAUGAGAAUCCGGGUGAAAGAACUGGUGCUUGAUAAUUGCCGCUCAAACGAAGGCAAAAUUGAGGGCCUCACAGAUGAAUUUGAAGAGUUGGAAUUUCUAAGCACAAUCAACGUUGGGCUGACGUCGGUCUCCAACUUGCCGAAGCUGAACAAGCUGAAAAAACUUGAACUCAGCGACAACAGGAUCUCAGGUGGGCUGGAAGUACUGGCGGAGAAAUGCCCAAACCUCACACACCUAAACCUCAGUGGCAACAAAAUGAAAGACCUCAGCACGAUAGAACCUCUGAAAAAAUUAGAGACCCUCAAAAGCUUAGACUUGUUCAACUGUGAGGUGACCAACCUCAACGACUACAGAGACAAUGUGUUCAAGCUCCUCCCCCAGUUGACGUACCUUGACGGCUAUGACAAAGACGACAAGGAGGCGCCAGAUUCGGACGCAGAGGCCUAUGUGGAGGGACUGGAUGAUGAUGAUGACAGUGAUGAGGUAGACGAGGAGGAGGAGGAGGAUGAGGAUGAAGACGCCCCACCAAGAAAAGAGGAUGAUGACGAUGAGGAAGAAGAGGAAGAGGAGGACCUAAGUGGAGAGGUGCAUCUCAACCACUGCACUGUGACAUCAUUAUUUGAAUAUGACCCAGGGCACAUGACAAGGGAGAUUUUGAUCUGCAUUUGUCUCCUCUUAGGAGGAAGAGGAGGAGUUGGACGGCAAGGAGAGUGAUGAGGAUAAUGAAGAAGAGGAGCGAGGUCUGAAGAGGAAAAGGGAUCUAGACGAGGAAGCAGAGGAGGAGGAAGACGACUGACGAUGUGCUCACCACCAAGCUAUGUUCUGAUCAGACUGUUUUAACCUUGUAUUCCCUGUCCCCUCCCACCCCUCUGUAUUUGUCCGUUGUCAUAUAUUGCAGUAGGCAUGGGUAGUGUCAUGGGCCAGCUGGGUAAAGGGUUGGUGUAAGGAAACAAGUUUGAUUAUUUUUUUCUUAUAUAUUUUGUUGUACUUUUUGAUUCCUUGUAUUCUACUCAUAUCUGUCCCCUGCAAACCACUGGAAGGGCAGAAGAGAACAUUUCGUAAAAGUCCAAUAUUAUUAGCUCUAACCUUUGUAAAGGUUUUGUUUUCUCAGUGAUAUUGAUACCUUCUGUGUAAACAGAUUUCUGAUGAUGAUUUAUGUAUUUAAAGAGACAAACUACCAAAAAACCUUUUAGAAAUGCAUGUCUGAAAUAGAUUUUAAAGUCGACUACUGGAUUUCAAGUAUGACAGUUUCCUAUACCCUUUUCUUAUUCAGUGUCUUUUUCUUUUCAGUGUACAUUAAGCGUUUUGUGGUGUCAUCCGUAUAUCAUUAUAUGUGCUGUUUUCAUUAUGGAAAGGGUGUGUAAACAUUCAUAGAGUGGCCUGUAUACAGGCCAUCUUUUAAACACAGUAAAGAAUGUCUGCCCUUGUCAGAAUGUUUCUCCUUAACCCCUAGCUUUGAUAGUUCGGAAAUUACGUGUUAUUUGUAAAUACUGACCAAAUCUAUUUUUUUUCUAUUACUCUUUGAUAAUGGCAGACAUUUACACUUAAUUAAUUGUAACGAUGAACUGUAGUAAGAUAUUGAGUAUCUGUGCAGCCGUACCUAAAGUAGACUAAUUGAAUCUGGUACACGAUUUCCAUUUUCACCAAAUUAUAUUCACAGAAAUACUCACUGAAUCCAAAUUUGUUAUUGCUGUCCAACUCUUCAAAUCCAUAUUCGUUCCCCACCUAUAUAAUACACCGCUGGGCAAUGUGCAAAGAAAACACCUUUUGCAUUUUCUUUUCUUAAACCAUAGGACAGUUCAUGGUCAGAUAGGCCAACCUCAGUCAUGUUCCCCUUACAUGUUUAACCCACUGUCAUCAAAGCUAAUACCUUACCAUGAGACAAACUUUUGAUUUUCUCCCUUUCACUUCAAUAAAUAUUUUUUUUUAUACAA